AUGAAUCUUAAGACGGACCUUGAGGUGGAGGGGAAAGUAGCCAUCGUCACCGGCGCGGGCUCAGGUAUAAAUCUCGCAUUCGCGACUCUCCUCCUCUCAAAAGAUUGCAAUGUGGUUAUAGCCGACCUCUCUCUCCAACCCGCCGCAGCCCAACUCCUCACCACCUACACCUCCACUUCCCCGGAUUCCUCAUCCCCUGCUACCCCCACACCCCCACAAUGUCUGUACCACUCCACCGAUGUCACAUCUUGGCCUGCACUCACCUCCCUCUUCGAAUACACUCUCUCCCAUUUCCCAGCAGGAAUAGACAUCCUCGUCCCGGGCGCCGGCCUCUUCGACCCCCUCUUCUCCAACUUCUACAAUCCUCCCGGAACCCCCCUCUCCCAAGAUACCCACCAUCUACGCCCCCCUCCCCCUCUCGAGCAAUCCCCCUCAGAAAAGAAAUCAAACACCACAUCUCCCAAAGUCAAUCCCUUCCCCGGCUCCUUCCACACCCUCAACGUAAACAUCACGCACCCAAUCCGUCUCACGCAAAUGGGCGUCGAGUAUUGGACUUCGUCCCAAAGAAGCGGAAGAGUCAUCUGCGUGGGGAGCGUAGCGGGCCAAAUAGGAGUUAUGGAAACUCCGCUGUAUCACGCGAGCAAAUUUGCGAUUACGGGGUUUGUGAGGAGUAUGGCGGGCUUGGAGGAGUUGGGGAUUAGGGUCACGGCUAUUGCGCCGGCGCUUGUGCAGGUGAGCUCUCUUUUUCUUUUUCUUUGUGGUUUGAUGGGAAGGGAGGAGAGGGCGUUUUUGGAUGGAGAUGCAGAUGCAGAUGAAAUGAGGGGACUAUACUGA